AACCUUGAGUAUAUCUUAUCAUCAAGUCCCAUGACAUUAUUAGAACAUGACCCAGCAUGGUGUCCAAGAACACCUAUUUGGCCAAAUGACGAUCAGUAUUCGGUUAAACAAAUGGAAACUGAUAUUGUACCAUGUUAUAAAUUAAACAAUGGCCACGUGUAACAAAGGAAUAUUUUCAUCGUAAAACACGACAAUAUGGAUGGCCACUAAUGGAAUUAAUUAAUAAAUACUUAAUUAACGAAAUUCCGUGUUUACGAACACCCGUGGGUUAUAGAUUAAGUGAUAAACGUGAUUACGAAUGGCGCAUACCAUUUUCACUUGUUAAAAUGGAAUUAGUUAAAACAUUGACUAAAAAACCGUUUGUGUUACAUUUUAUUCAAAUCGAUUUGUAA